AUGGCCGUGUUCGAUAUCAGUACCUUUGUGCUCGAUGAUAUAAAAGAGGGCAAUAUUUGUCUCAACUUAGAGCCUUGGAACUCAAUCCAAUCGAUUCAGAUGCCCGGUUACGAGGUGGAGCGAUGGUGCUAUUUCGCAGAUAUCUAUAAUGGCGAGUCUCUAGGGAAGCUGUUUGGAGAACACAUGUACACUGGAUUUUUUCCAUCACUGAAGCAUGUUCUCGCAGUCUAUUGUAUUGAUGAGGGCGAACCCUGUUCGCAAUUUAGCGACCAUGAAAUCGCCGACACUCUUAAGCUGGCUUUUGGAAAGAAGGAUCUUCGCAUUCACAUUCAGGUCAAAUUUCAGGGCAGCGUCUUUGGGUAUAUGGCCUUGGAUUUGAGCCGGUGCAGAGAACUUCUUAACGAGUUUUUCAUUGAGGCUUUCGAGGCGCCCGAGCUAAAGGCCGUGGAUUGCACUCAUAUAGCCAUUCUCGUCGAAACGACCGAUAUCACCAAACUCACUUCGCCCACGCGCGCCCCAGUGCCGCAAAACCUCUCCUAUCCAUUCCUAAACUGGGGAUUGAACGACUUAGUCAAGUUGGCAUGGCAAUUCGAAGGCGCAGGAUAUGGUAUCGUAGGCACGGAAUUCGUCAUCAUGGAUGAUCAGACACUCAAAGACAAGACCGUGAUUCUUGUGACGCCAUCCGAGGGCUAUGAAGAUGUAGAAACGGCGCCUAGACUAACUGCACGAUCAGAUUUCCGCUCUAGUCUCAUUACGCUGAACGUCAAGAGUAUUGGAGUAGGGGGUGAUGAACAGUGGGAGGAAGCUGCGGAGCAGGGUGGACGCGUGAUUAGACUGUAUGACGAGGAGAAUUCGGAGUAG